ACUCUGGAAAAACCUCUUUGCCACAAACUCCGAAAUCCACGUUAUAUCUAUUAUAUCCCAAAUCCCAGUCUUGUGAACAGCUGGCUCUCCGAUAUUGCUAAGGAAAAGAAAACUAACAAUAGAUGUCAUUUCGACGAAGAAGAUAAUUAUUUUGAUUCGGAAUUUGAUAACAAGUCACCUAAUUCGGAACCUAAAUAUGACACGUAUAUCGAGUUUUUUGAUGAAGAAGAUAAAUCCUCAAAAUCAUCUCUUCCUUCACUUAGCAUAACGGGACCUCGAGAAAUUAUACGUUCAUCUUCACCAUAUCUAAAUAUUUAUAAUGGAGAUGUAAAUACUUUAGCAGGAAGCGUUGCCGAAGCAACUGAUCUGAAAUACGAUGGAUGUCUUGAUGGAGAGAAGUCUUCACAUGAAAGAAUAAUACAUAAUAUGGAAGAUGGAAUUGUUCAGAGACUUAAUGCUAUCGAAUAUGGAUUUGCGGAGAGACUAAGUAAUUUAGAAAAUUUGCUUUUGUCUCUGAAAAAGGCCUAG